UUCUCCAUUUCCCUCUCUCUCCUCCUCCUCUCCUUCUCCUUAGCAGAAUGCCGCCGUGACGCCUUUAACAAAAUGCCAUCACAUCAAAUCCACCCUCUACGCCGGCUAACUGGCUCCGCAGGCUCGACCAUGAAAGUAAAGAAUUUGUCGUGCUCAAGCUGGCAACUCGCCGUGGAGACCAAUAACUUGCGUGAUUGGGACUCAGUUCCCGCUACAUGCGAGUCCUAUUUCGGCCAUUAUCUCUUAGGUCAGAGGUACAGAGAGGACUCCAGCAUGGUUACGAAGGAGGCCGCAAAGUAUGCUCGAGAGCUUCAGCUUUCCGGCAAUGGAAAGGAUGUUUGGAUCUUUGAUAUUGACGAGACUUCCCUAUCUAACUUACCUUUCUUCUCCAAGCAUGGCUUCGGAGUGGAGCCGAUCAAUGAUACACUAUUCGAUGAGUGGUCGGCGAAGGGGGCGGCGCCACCGCUGCCGGAGAGUCUAAAGCUGUAUAAGGAAGUGCUCUCGUUGGGGAUAAAGGUUGUGUUUCUCACGGGGAGGACGGAGAAGGACAGAGAGAUCACAGCUCUUAAUCUCAAGAGGGCUGGUUACCACUCCUGGGAAAAGCUCAUAUUGAGAAAAGCGAAUGAGGUGACGAUAACUGCGCUGCAAUAUAAAUCGGCGGAGAGGCUAAAAUUGACCGAACAAGGUUACAAAAUCGUGGGAAAUAUCGGUGAUCAGUGGAGCGAUAUCUUGGGCUCACCGGAAGGUGAGCGCACCUUCAAGCUGCCGGACCCUAUGUAUUACAUAAGCUGA